AUGUCGCAGUCGUGCAACAGAAAGCGCACAGCCCAGAGCGACUGCUUGGAGCGAUUCCUGUCGUUGGCCAUGUGUGUGGGCCUCUUGUGGCCUCCAGGGGGAGCGUCAGUGGCGCCAUGCAUCUGCGCCUCCAACAUCCUUAGCUGCUCCAAGAUGAAUCUUAGCAGCAUACCGACAGGGCUGCCUUUGUACACGGCCGUCCUGGAUCUCAGCUACAACGACAUCAACAAGCUGAAAUCGGAAUGGACCCCGGUGAAGCUCCCGAAGCUACGCAACCUGCUGCUGAGCCACAACGGUUUGCUAUUCCUGUCUUCGGAGGCCUUUGUAAACGUGAAACAACUGCGCCACCUGGACCUGUCCUCCAACAGCCUGCAGCUGCUGGACGAGUUUGUGUUUGAACCGCUGGUCAACCUGGAGGUUCUACUUUUGUACAAUAACAAAAUCACCCAGAUUGAUCGCUCGGCCUUCAUCACCACGCUCAACAUUCAGAAGCUCUAUCUGAGCCACAACCAAAUCUCUCGUUUCCCCGUCGAACUCAUCAGGGAGAAGUCACGUCUGGAGAAGCUCAGCCUGCUGGAUGUGUCGUCCAACAAGAUUAAAACGCUUCCUUUGGACGAGAUGCGAGCACUGCCCGCCUGGUUACGAAACGGCCUGUAUUUCCACAACAACCCGCUACUGUGUCACUGUGACCUCUACACCCUGGUCGCCCACUGGGACCUUCGCAAGCUCAACUCUGUUGCGGACUUUAGGGGUGAAUUUACAUGCAUCCUGCAGGGCCCGCAGAAAACGCGAGUAGACGUCUUUGAGCUAAGCGGCGAAAGCAUGAACUGCAGCACCUUCAAGGAGGCAGAAGAGGAAGCCUUCCUAGAGCAAACACUAACCCUUGCUUGCGACACCAAGCGCAGAAACAUGUUAAAGACCUGGACACUUCCCGGUUCUGCCGCGCUGAUCUCUGGAGGCAACCAGACAGCCAUGGUCAUGCCGGAUGGCAGCCUGCGAGUCAGUCCAGUUCGGUCUGAGGACUCCGGAACCUACACCUGCUUCGCCACCAGCGAGGCCUUCAACGAGACCAUCUACGUGGUGCUGAAGGUUCACAACUUUACCAUGCACGGUGGCAGCGAGACCCUCAACACAGCAUACACCACCUUGGUGGGUUGCCUAGCCAGCGUGGUCCUGGUUCUGGUCUACCUCUACCUAACACCGUGUCGCUGCUUCUGCUGCCCUGGUAAGGGCAAAGCCCGCGGCGACGACAGCAUCCGCUCGUCGGUGCUCAGUGUGACGCCCACCCACGGUGCAGACCCUGCUGCACUCCAUAGGCACGUGGUCUUCACGGACACCAAAGAGGCACGGGGCCUGAAUGGCAAGCUUAACCCCAACGUCGACCAGGAUGACCACGAGACUGAGGAGGCACGCUCUCUGAUGAAGGGAACCAGGAAGAAGUCAAUCACCGAGUCCAUCAGCUCGGUUUUUUCUGACACUCCAAUGAUGGUCUGA